AUGUCAUGUUUUUUUCUGGAACAAGCUCGGUGCAAUUUGCUCUCUGUUUUUGCAAUCAAUUCUUUUUAUUGGAUACUUCUGCGCUUGAAAGGACUGAAUCCAAAAGAAAAUGAUUCUUUAUCUCACGAACUGAAACGUACGAAAGAAUAUAUGUCACGUUUGAAAAGCAUCGAAGAGAAACGCGCCGCCCCAAGACUGAACCAAAGAGCAGCUGCUAGUUUUGUGCGUAACGCUUUGUGGGAGGAGCAUCGUGAAAAUGCAAAGAAGAUAAAUUUUUUGCUGGUUAUGUGA